AUGGCUGGAACGGCCAAUAAAAAAUGGACGUUGGGCUUGAUUUUCCUUGGCAUUGUUGUUGUCCUUUGGAUUCUUUCAUCUUUUCUGAUAAACCUCAUUUUCGAAGACGGAUCCUACAGAAAACCGUUUUUCCUCACAUAUAUUAAUACGGCAUCGUUCGUAUUCUACCUCCUACCCACAUUCAAAGCAGUGUGCUCUAAUUACUGGAAAACUGGGAAGUUUCAAAUACAUCGUGAGCUUGUCAUUGAAGAAGAAGGACUGCGACCAUCUGACGAUGAAGAGGCUCACGUGCCCCUGCGAACACAUUCCGCAACUACCGAGCUAACGACUUCUACAUCGCCUCUGGUCCCUAAGGACAGCGACUCGGUUCUUGCAGAUGCAUUCACAGGUGCCAAACUUUCUUUGCCCGCCACGAUACAGCUCAGCGCCCAAUUUUGUAUUCUGUGGUUCCUGGCCAAUCUCGUCACAAACGCAUCUUUAUCCUACACGUCUGUGGCCUCCCAGACCAUCCUUUCAUCUACGUCGUCUUUCUUCACUCUCCUAGUUGGGUCCUUGUUUCACGUUGAAAGUAUUAACCGCAUCAAGAUCCUCGGCUCUUUGGUUUCCUUCGUGGGAAUUGUGCUGGUUACCAAGUCUGACGCUCAGAGCUCGGCUAAAACUGAUCAGGUUCAUUUGGCAAUUCCUUUUAGAUUUCACGACGACAAGUCCAACCCCGAUGCGUUUGUGACUUUUUGUGGGAAUUUACUAGCUCUUUCGGGCGCUCUCUGUUACGGUCUUUACUGUACACUUCUAAAGUGGCGUAUUAAGGAUGAAAGCAGGGUCAACAUGAAAAUCUUCUUCGGCUUCGUUGGCUUGCUCACCCUUGUUCUACUAUGGCCCACCAUCAUUUUCUUGCACGUCAUGGGUUGGGAAACCUUUGAAUUGCCAAAGACACCGAGAAUUGUGUCCAUUGUGGUUUUCAAUUGUUUGAUCACAUUCAUCAGCGAUUUUUGUUGGGCCAAAGCAAUGCUUUUGACUUCGCCCUUAACCGUUACCGUUGGUCUAAGUACGACCAUUCCUUUCGCUAUGAUGGGCGACUUCCUUUUCAAAGAUAGACCCAUGUCAUUCAUCUACUUGUUGGGUGCCGUUCUUAUAUGUGGCAGCUUUUUCAUUGUAAACAGGGAUUCAGAAGCAGAAGAAGAAUUCAAUCAUGAGACAACCUAA